AAUUGUGCAGCAAUAUUUUUGAAAUAUGGCCGGAACAAAUUUACCCAGAGUACCGGAAGGUCUGCGGGAUCUAAUGAAAGCCUAUACCAAGGAAGUGCUACGUGAAAAACCAACGAAUCUCUAUGAAUUUUCUUCUGAUUACUUUGAACGCAUUGCGGCCGACAGAAUGCCGCAGAAGGUGCAAAAGUACGAGCCACCUCAAAGUUAUGAAAUCAUUAUGAAAAAUCGUAUACGACAACAAGUACCGAUUUCACUUGUCUUUAACAUUAUCCCUGAUAAUCUUACCGAUUUGAUUAAAAAGUUUAUCAAAGCAGUUCUUCGAGAAAAACCCGAUAAUUUAAUUGCAUUUGCUGUGGAAUAUUUCCAAAGGCUACGCAAUGCUCACUCGCCACGCAUGGAGUACUCCAAGUACUCGGCCUAUGAGAAAUUUGUGGAUGAGAAGGGAAGCGGCGCCCUCGUCUCAAAGGAGAAGUGUACUUGCGGUCGUAUACUUAAUGGCAAAGCUGACGAAGUGGAAAGCGAGAAGAAAGAGCAAUCAACUGUGACACAUAGUGUUCAAUAUUUGCGAGCGGUUUGCAUUAUUCAAAAAUACAUGCGAAAAUAUUUGAAGGAAAAGCGUGAGAAGUCCGUUAAGAAGUCAGUUAAGACUGUGUCCACAGAUCGAUGCAGCAGUGAGGCUUAUAUGAAUGCUAUAUUUAUAAUACAAAGACAAUUUAGAAGGUAUUUAGCUAAGAAGCGAGUCGAAAAGGCAAAGGAAAAGUCUGAGUCGAAGGAGAAUCGAUAUGAUUCGGUUGAGUACAUGAAUGCUAUUCGUAUUAUACAGCGAUACUGUCGGCGAUAUUUGCGUAAUAGGAGAACGACGAAAGCACGACCCUUAAAUAGCCAUAAAACCCCUUCCUCGGACAGUAUGCUUUCUCUUACGACAGCAGCAUUUAUUAUUCAGAGAGCAUUUCGAAAUAUGGUCAAGACACGGAGGGCCAAAAGACACAUAAAUGCCGAACUCGACCAAGGCGACGAGGUCAAUGAUAAUGCCUCCGAGGCAGCCUCAUACACAUCCGCCUCUACCGCUCUCCUUUCCACCGAGUCCACCUGUGAGCAUGCUGAGUUUGGCGGUGUCAAUUAUGAGGAGGGUGUCCAUCAGCAGACCAUUCAAGAAGAUGAGGAAGUUGAAAAUGACAAUACCAACAACCUUCAAAACGCAUAUAAAACUGAAGCAAUUAAAUCGAAAGGAAAAUCGAUAAGUUCGGAUGGUAAUGAGUUAACCUUGGAUGAAAUAAAUGAUGAAAUGAACAAAAGAAAGGAAAAACGAUUCUACGCACAAAAGAGUCGCAGGGAUAUUCAUCAUGAUUCUAGUAUUGACAAAGAAAUGGCAACUAGAGCCAAUUCAAUGGACUCACCCAGGGAAAAAGUCAACAAGAGCUAUAGCUCAACAGAAAAUAUUAUAAAGAAUAUAAUGCGAGCCGAUUCUUUGACAUCUGCUGUAGGUCAACCAAAAGUAUCUGGAAAAAAAAGUAUUUCUCAAACAGAAAGCUUAGAAGUUGUUCCUAAGACUCUAAAAACUGAUAGCAUAGAACGUUCAGAAAGUGUUUCAGCUGUCGAAAAAGCAGAGAAUGAAGAAAAAUCUACCGCAGCCUUAGAUGGUGGAGAUAUCAAAGUUAUUGAGAGUAACCUAGAGCAAUCUGUUGGAGAAAGUAUUUCUCCAGUUGAUAGUUUGAACACUGUUGCACAGUCUCAUAGUGCAGGUAGUGCUGACUCGGUAGGCUCUACAAUCUCAACUCAAUUACAAAGUGCUGAUGAUAUAAAUAAGAAUACUCCUCAAGUGGAAAAUUCUGAAGAAGCAGCUCUGCCUAAUAAGACAGCGGACUCCGUAAACUCUACUCAAUCCACGGAUGUCUCGAAAAUAGAAGAAUCACUAGAGAAGAAGAGUUCUUCUCAAGAUGAAAACUUGCAAGCAGCUUCUCCCGCUCAGGAAAAUCCUGAGUCUGAAGCAUCGACACUUCCUAGUCGAGAAGAAGUUACUGAAAAAUCGAUUGAAAGAAAUGAGCAACUGCCCACUUCAGAUAAGUUAUCACAAUCAUCAGAUAAAGAUAAAUCUGCAGAAAGCGAACUUACAGGUAAGGAUAGUGCUUUAGUUGAGGUAGCAACUCCCAAUCUAAGCACAGAAAAACCAGCAUCAGCUGAUGAAAAAUCUAAGAAGAGCUCAUCAACUGAAUCAACGGAGAGUAAUAAAGCUACAGAUGCUCAAUUGGCAGACAAUGUAGAAAUCGCUGGAAGUCCCCAUUCAGAAAACGAUUAUUCAAUAGAGGUAAAUAGUCUUCAGACAGUGUUAAACACCAUGAAGGAGAAAUACAAUCAAGAUGAGUCAAUUUUGAGUGGUAAAACUUCACCAACUGAAGGUCAAAGUACACAAUUGCAAACUGUUGCUGAUCCCAAUUUAGAAUCAACUAUAACUGUAGAGAAUACUCAAGAUCCUGAAACUACGAAGCAAUCUAUUACUGAGGAAGAAAAUGUUGAGACCAAAUCAAUUAUUACCACUGCAGAGAGUUUAGGAGAAAAUGAUGAUGCUAAACCAGAUGUAUCAAAUACAAAAGAUAAUUAUCAAAAUGAGGAUACGCUAAGUGACAUUGGAAAAUCAAUUAUAAUUCACAGUGUACUUCCUGGUGAAGAUGAUUAUGUCUUACCGCUUUCAUCCGAUGCUACAUUACCUUCGGAAACUAUCAAUAAUACAACUGAAAAUACUCCUGACAAUACAGAGAAGAUAGAAAAUAACAAAAGCGUCGAUAAAUCGAAUGAAGAUGAAGAACAAUCAAAAUUGAAAACUGGAGAAAAUCAAGAAAGCUUAAGCGAAGCUUCUACAAAUAAUCGAAGCAUUGAUAAAGUCGAGGAGCCAAUAAUAAAUGAAACUAUAAAGAAAAUAGAUUCACAACAACUAGAAAGCCCGCCAUCAGGUUCAGCCAACAUAUCAAAGGAGGAAAGUAUUGAUAGUAGCGUGAAGGAGAAGAAAAUAUUGAACCAGGAAACAGGAGAAACAGAAUUGGAUGAUGGCAGCUCAAACAGCAGAACUAAGAUUCCCAGCAAACAAUCAUCAGAUAGUAUUGAAAAGCUUGAUGAUUCAUCGGAGAAUAUCGUAACCAAAUUAAAUGAAGACUCAUCAUCGCCAGCUUUAAUUGACGACUCUGAAUUGGUAGACCGAGCCAAACGUUCAGUAGAUAAUAUCAAUGAAAACAUUAAAGAAGUACCACAAGAAGCAUCCUCAGAUAAAUCUGAAGAUAUUCAAAGAUCAGAAAGCUUAAAUUCAAAAGAAUCGUUGUCUGAAAUACAAGGAAGCGCAGAUGCUGUUAUUGAGAAUAUUAAUAAGAGUUCAGAAAAUAAGUCAGUUGAUGUUAAAGAGGACGAUUUACCAGUUACUGAAAUUAUUGCAGACGAAUCUAUACCUAAAGAAGAAUCUAUUAAGGAAAGAAAAGUUCUUCAACAAGCCAAGUCAAUUCCGAAAAUAUCUGUUGAGCUGUCAACGGAUGAAAAUGAUGAAAUUGAGAAUGCUAAAAGUACCGUGGACGUUAAUAAAGAUACAAUUGUAUCUGCAGACUUAACUCAGGAGGGCAUUAAGAACACUGACCUUAAAACAGAUGACAUUAAAACGAAUUUAGCUGAUCAAUCCUCCAGUAAGCAAGUUAAUGAAACAGUCGAUGAUUUUAGUAGUAAACCAACUCUGUCUAAAGAAUCUGGUGAAAUAAGUUUGGACAAUAUAAAAUCAGCUCAAUCAGAAGAUAAUGUAAAAACUCCGUCUGAGGAAGAUGGAAAACUUUCUUCAACAUCAUCUGGUGAUGUGAAACCAACUAUAAAAUCAGCGUUAUCCGAAGAAGCUGAGGAAAAAAUGAAAGAGAUUAUCGAGUUGACUUUGUUAGAAGAAGCUGAAAGAAAAGCUAAAGAUAGUGCUGAAAUAAACACAUCUCAAGAAGGUGUGGAGAGCAAAGUUAAAGAUUCUAAAUCAUCUUCAUCAGAAGAUAAAAUCACAACUGAAGAAGCUAAAGAUGGUAGUAAAAUUGUUGUAUCUGAAGAUAUUGCUACAAGCCCUGGCAUUGAUGUAAGCUCUGACGAAAAUCUAAUGGGAAAAUCAUCUGAAGAAGUUCAGGGAAAGAUUGAUGACAAUAUUAGGACAACUGAAGUAGCCGAAAAGCCUUUAUUAACGCCUAGUGAUGUUACAACUGAAGAUGAUAAACAAAUAAGCUUAGAGUCCACAAAAAGCAAAUCUAUUGGAAGUGAAGAGUCAAAUCCUUCGAAGGAAUUCGAAUCCCAAAUAAUAGCUGGGGAUGUGAAGUCCCAACCUUUUGUAAAGGAAACUCAAUUAUCAACAGAAGACUCAAAAGCAAAUAAAUCUCAAGAGGAACCUCACACAUAUACAGAAGACUCGAAAGCAAAAGUAUCUACUGAAGAACCUCAAAUAUCAACAGACGACUCAAAGGCACAAAAGCCAAUUGUUCCAUCUCAAGAAGAAGAUAAAAUAGUUUUAAGUAAAGAUGCUGGGGAAUCAGAGGAUAAGAAAAUUCAAGGCGCUGUUGAAUUACCAGCUGAAAAAGCUGAACCCAAUAAAGCAAAUGAAGUGAAGUCGGAAACUCAAAAUACUGAACAGAACAAAUCUUCAUUGCAUUUGAGUCAUCAAUCAAUUGACACACAAAACAAAAAAAUGCCAAUCGUAAAAGACAAACAUUUAACAAGUUCCUCCUCAUCGGGUCGAUUGACAAACGCUCCAGUUGCCGAGCUGCAGCUCAAAUCAUUUAAGACAUCUCCCGAUGCGGGCAAUUGGUACGAUGUUCACAAUGAGCCUCUCGAAGAUAUUCAAGCUAGUGGAAAUUCAGCAAAAGAUAUAACAAGAUCCGAUGAUAUCUAUGUUGAUAAUGCGAGACAGUUGAGAAGUCCAUCGGUGGAUGUCUCAGAGCGGAGGCCAAAUUAUGUAUUUGGAGCCCCACCAACAUCACCAGAAGCCGUAAAACCAAAACAAUCAGUCGCAUUUUUCAUUUCAUUUGAUGGAGAUGAUGGAAAAGCUACUUUUAAAAUACCCAAACGAUUUUUAAAACAAGAUGAAUCUAGUAAUAAGAUAGACAAGAAACAACCAAAGCUAGAUGAUGAGGAUGAGUUAAGCAUGGAGCCAGUUAUAACAGCUGAAGACUUUAUAGAAUCUGAUUCUGAUAUUGGCUAUCAGCAAUACGGCAUGCAAAAGUUGCAAACGAUACACGAACUUAAUGAAAAUGAAUCUAGCAAUGAACUUAGAAGUUUAUUGGAUAAACCAAACGAGAAUGAACAUGAUGAAGAGGAAAUAACUAUUCUGGAACCAGAAGUAAAAAUUGUUAAAGAGAAUCUCGAAGAAGUUAAUGAAGAACUUGUUAAACAAGUUCAGAAUAAGGUUGAGAAUUCAAUGAAAGUAAAUGGAGUUGACGCAGAUGAAAAUAAAUAUGAGAAUAAAGUCGACGAAUCUCAUGAAAACAAACUGAAAGCCAGUGCCCAAAUAAUACAGAGAGCUUUUAAAAAUUAUCUUGCACGACGUGAAAACGUUACAAAGCAAAGCUCUGUAACUGAUAAGGAAAAUGAAAAGUCAUUAAAUGAAACAGAAACAAAGUUAGAUGAAAACUUGACAGCCUCCAGAAUUCAGAAGGCAAUUAGACAAUUCCUAUCAAGAAUUGAAUUAAAAACAAAGGAAACUACAAGUUCCGAGGAUCGAAAAUAUACAGGUGAUGAAAUAUUAGCAGCGAUUCGAAUUCAAACCAUGUUCAGAAAUUAUAUGCGACGAAAGAAACUAGUUUACAAUGAUGAUGUUUCCAAGGGCACAUCCGCCACAUCUCUGAUAACGAUAAUUCCAAAUACCCACGAUUCGCACACACCAGAGAUUUCAAUAAAUGAUGGAGAACUUUCCGAUGACAUGAGCAUUUCCAACUCUGAGGUCAACUCAAGCAAACCCGAAUGGUUUGUGGGUUCACAGCGCAUAUCCGUGGAACCAAGCGAGAGAUCUGUCAGCAAAAGAUCUGAUUCAUCCGAGACUGGCACAAUUGGCAUAACAGAAAUCACAGAUAAUACGCAUUUAGAAACUGAUAUUGGCAAUAUUGUUAACGACUUAAACGCAAGCGAAGUAUUUGCUCAAGAUAAUGGAGCUUCUAAUAAUUCAGCAGGUUCGACAAGGGACAGACAAUUAGUUGAGGCCUUGGCCAUUGCGGCUUUCGGUGCACUAGAUGCCACCUCAGCAGUAGGUGUAUCAAACCGACAGAUCUUAAGCGAUUUUCUGGUCAAAGAAGUCGAAUUCUCUUCGAUACUAGAACCCUAUCGAAGUAGUCAAGAGGAGGUCCAUGAGGAAAAAUGCAUCAAGAAAAUCGUAUCACGUGAUAAUCUCCUUGAUGAUGAUGAAGUUAAGGAUGAUGCGGCUAACCAAAAAGUCGAAGCUCAAUUAGAUUCCUUGGCUCCAGAUGCCAUGGAUGAGGCAACUUCAAAGUUAAUGAAACCCGAUGAAGUAAUUGAGAAAAUGUCACAGCGCAGAUCUUCGGAAACUCGCGACAAGCUUAAAGACGAUUUUCUGUUAACCGAACCCGUAUUUGGAGAGCCCAUUAUUCACUCCAUGAACAUGUUGCAGGAGCAGAGUUCACUCGAUAUUGAAGAUGGCGAUAUUAUUGUCUACAAUCGACUGCAACGUGACGAGACUCGUGAGAGUUCAGCUCAAAGUGAGUCGGUUGUAUUUGGUAAUGAUAUCGAUGACGAUAAAGAGUUCAAUACUGAUGCUGAAACUACCAGAACACAAUUAUCCCGACAUUAUACAAUCGCCGGUGAUGAUCCUCGUGCAAUGUUUAGAUCAGUGACAAUUGACGAAACCGUCAGAUACAUUGAAGAUGAUGGCCGUGGCAUGGACAACAGCAUGAGUUUCUGCUUGGACGAUGAAACCUCGGAGAACAUACGUAAAAAGAUGAUGGCGUAUUCGCUCUCCGAAGGCGACUCUGAUUAUUACGAUCCCAAUAAAGUAAUGCCAGAUGAUUUCCACAUAGACACUGCAAUGACAGACGCCAUGGAUACGUCCACAGAAACGGAAUCGACUAUUGUUUCGGCUGCUACAAAGAUACAAGCAGGAGCUAGAGGCUUUUUGGCCAGGCGAAGAUUGCGUCGUGCCAGUGCUGGCACAAAGUCAUCCACACAGGACACAAAAGCUUCGUUUGGCAAUGACGCCAUAAGCGAGUCCCUCGAACGCUUCAUAGAGGAGGAAGCUGCUAAAAAGAUUCAAGUCGCAUAUCGUCUGCAUAGUAAAAAGCAGAAGAAACAGACGAACAACGUGAAGAGCGCGAGUUUGGAAAGCAGUUUGGCUGCUAAGCGACAAACUCUGCAACGCGGCGAUGCACUGCGAAAUGAUUCAAACUCAACGCCAGAGGAUGAAAAUAGUAGUAGCACAAGUGCUGCUCAAUUAUCCAAGGAUGCCGAGUCAAAGUCUAGCAAGGAUAGCAAGGACACAGACACAAAGUCUAGCAAAGACAGCGAGGAGGCAGAGGCAAAGUCUACCAGAGGUAGCAAGGAGGCAGAGACAAGGUCCAGCAGAGUUAAUGGUAAUUGCAACACGUUCGAAAAGAUCGACCGAUUUGACAUUACAUUGGCCUGCAGUGAGACAGAACUCAAUGCCAGUUCAAAUAGAUUGUGA